AAAUCAAAUAAAUGAAAUAUUUCGGAAUAUUUGUUAUAAUUUUGUUUAAGAUUUUGAUUUGUAAAAGUGACGUUUAUGAAGAAGCCUUUAACGGAAAUGGCGAUUCCAUGCAGAUUGCCAUUGCCGAAUUAUUUGUGAAUCCCAAUGACAAUGUAAACAUGGAGCAGAUACGCCACAUCGAAGAUGCCUUGCAUUGGAAGAGCAAUCCCUGUGAGAAUUUUUUGCAUUUUGCCUGUGGCAAUUGGCCUUAUUUUAUGGAAGCGGAUGUUCUCGAUAUUCGGCAUGUGGUUGAUGCCAAAAAUAAUAUGGAAUUCGCCAUGAUUUUUGAACAGCAAAAUCCCAAAUUUCCCGCCAUUAAUUUCAUGGGGCAGGUACGUAAUUACUAUGGAUCUUGUAGACGAGUGCAGAAGAGGGGAAAAGCUCUCAAUCCUUUGGAGUAUCUAAAGUGGUUGGAGUUCAAUGAGAAUCUCAUUUGGGUAGCGUUUGACAAUCGUAGCGAUGGACCCAAGAGAAAUAAUCGUGCCUUCAAUUGGGUGCAAAUGUUGGCCAUCUUCCGCAAAUAUGGCCUUAACAAUUUCAUCAUACACGAAGAGGUUGUGCAGCAUCCUUGGAAUAACACCAAAACUGUGACAGCCCUAAAGAAGCCAUAUGCCGAAAGUGCAACACAUUUUCUCGGUCCUCAGGAGGAUGAACACAGGAAGUUUACCUUAUGGAACAUUUCCGAUAGCCUAGAUCACCGGGCAUUUGUAGAGUUUGAUUUGAAACUUAAAAAAGUGGUGGAUUAUCACAACAAUGGCACUGAGACAAGGCCACAAUUCAUUACCUUUAAGCAGUUAAAAGACAUGCAACUGGAGUGGUUGGCCGUUUAUCUGAUCAUAAUAUCGCACCCUGUGCCAGUGGAGCCUCAAAUGGAAAUCUACAUUGAAGACAUAGGCUAUAUGAAGACCAUAAAAUUAUUUCUGGACGAAGUAGAGGAUACUCAGCUUUUGGCCCGCUACUUGCAGUUGAAUUUCCUGAGCCAGUCCAUCAAUGGAUUUCAUGAUCCUGGUUACUAUGAUUGUACCCCAAGCACCAGACUUCAAUUUCCUUUGGCCAUGCAGUGGCUGUACAAAUAUCUGCAUCCAGAAAUCAGCCAUGAUUUCUAUGAAAUCCACCAGCUGUUCACAAAUUUAAAGCGAAUUAUGCGCAAAAAACUCUCAACCUUUUUCAAUGGCAAAGCUCGAGAUUAUGUGGUUGGUAAAAUUGACAAUAUUAAAUUAAAAAUGCUCAAUGUCUGGCAACCCUCGCUUGAGCACUUCUAUGAGAGCCUGCAUUUGGAUCCUUUCGAUUAUGUCGGCAAUCGUUUAAAGCUGAAGCACAAAUAUUUUCGAGCAAGCCACUCGAACUCGGCAGGCAAAGUAACUCAAGGAGCUUUUGAGUUUUUAAAUCUGGAUAGCAUUGUUCCCUGGGUUACUUAUUGGCCCUCGAACUAACCAAGGCGUUCUCCCAAGAAAACUGGAAUAUUGAUGCGAAUAGCAAUCUAUCACAAGAAUCAUUGAGAUAUUUUAAUUC